AAACCUCCUUUCGCAACAGCGCCCAAAGAGAAACCCUACCUCUCUCUCUCUCUCUCUCUCUCGUUUUAAGCAUAGCCACGCAGUCGCUUCUGCAGAAUUUAGUUCUUUGCCUUAUUAGCAAAGAUGGUGAGAGUCAGCGUCUUGAAUGAUGCUCUCAAGUGCAUGUACAAUGCAGAGAAGCGAGGAAAGCGUCAGGUUAUGAUCCGACCAUCCUCAAAAGUCAUCAUCAAGUUUCUUCUGGUGAUGCAGAAGCAUGGGUACAUUGGAGUGUUUGAGUAUGUCGAUGAUCACAGGUCUGGGAAAAUUGUGGUUGAACUGAAUGGGAGGCUGAACAAAUGUGGGGUCAUCAGUCCUCGUUUUGAUGUGGGUGUCAAAGAGAUUGAGGGAUGGACUGCAAGAUUGCUACCUUCAAGACAGUUUGGAUACAUUGUGCUGACAACUUCUGCUGGCAUCAUGGACCACGAAGAGGCUAGGAGAAAGAGUGUUGGUGGGAAGGUGCUUGGUUUCUUUUACUAGGCUGGCGCUGUUUGGAGAUUGAGCCUGAAUUUUUUGAGUUUGAUUUUUUCAGUUUAUGCGAACUUUGUUGUUUGAACUUCUUUACAACUGCAAUAGUUAUUUUCUGUGUUUGAUUAUCCAAACUGCUUGGUUGAUAUUUCUCAAGGCUUUAUAUUCCCAAUUGAAUGCAAUUUUAGGCUUUGAUUAGUAUCAUUUCGUCGAUACAGUCUUUAAAUUGUUCUAU